GACUAUCAAAUUGUGAAGCCUAAGAAGAAGACAAAAAGUGAGAAGCAAUUAUGGCUGCAAUGUUGAAGGUCUCUCUUAUAUUGUCAUUGUUAGGGUUUCUGGUGAUCGCUGUCGUGACUCCAUCGGCGGCGAACCCAUUCCGGAAGAGCGUAGUUCUCGGAGGGAAGUCAGGUGUUCCAAACAUUCGGACCAACAGGGAGAUUCAAGAACUUGGAAGGUACUGCGUGGAGCAAUUCAAUCAACAAGAACAGACCGAGCAAGGAAACAUAGGAUCCAUUGCAAAAACGGACACAGCCAUGUCGAAUCCAUUGGUGUUUAGCCGAGUUGUAUCAGCUCAAAAACAGGUCGUCGCUGGGACCAAAUACUAUCUAAGGAUUGAGGUGACUCAACCCAAUGGCUCGAACAGGAUGUUUGACUCUGUUGUGGUUAUUCAACCAUGGCUCCAUUCUAAGCAGUUGCUCGGUUUCACUCCUGUUGUCAGUCCUAUCUACUAACUUCAUUUCUUAUUCAGACUUAAAUUUCCAUAAUGUGAUCAUGAAAAGACUAAAAGGUGUAUGAUACGAAGCUAUUAAGAAUGGGUUGAUGGUUUUAAUGAUGUUAUGUUGUUCAUAAAUAAAGACAAGAUGUUAUU